CUGCUCUUCAAUCAUGUCAUCAUUCAUGGCGAAACAUCCGCUUCUCUUUUUUGCGCUUUAAAAUUGAGAUCAGUUCCGGCAAUCAUCAGCUCUCUCUGCAGACAAUCAACCAACACCACCUUCUUCAGGCCGUAGUUGCGUCUUUUAGUCAUACGAUAUGGAGAGUCAAAUUGUGAAAAGAAGAGUGAAUGUUAUUGCUGGGCAUUUAGCUUCUCCUGAUGAUGUUUCAGCUACUCCUGGCCACGUUUUCCCCAUGAACUGUAGCAACACACUGAAUCCUGUUAAUCUGCGACGUGACAACAUAACAUUCUUUGCCCGGCAAGGUUCUGGUUCCCAAGGUGGCUUUAUGAGACAGAUAUCUAGUCCUCAACAGGACUUUAGCAACACACUGAAUCCUGUUAGUCGGAGAUUUGACAACAGAACAUUCUUUGCCCGGCAAGGUUCUGAUUCUCAAGGUGGCUUUAUGAGACAGGUAUCUAGUCCUGAACAGGAGACUAAUGUUCAAUUUGGUAAGAUUUCAAAAUCAAACAGUUGUGGAGAAAUGCAGCCUAAUGGUCCUGAUGCACCUGCUUUUGCUCGCCCUGCUCAGGUCAAACCAGGUAUUCCAACAGUCAAGAGUACAAUUUCUGCAGUUGAAGGCUGCCAAUAUAAUGGCAAUGCUCUGGAAGCUCCCAUUUUUGCAAAACCAAGCAUACAAUGUGGGCAGCCCCAGUGCCAAAAUAAUGAAAGCACUGAUAAUUUUACAUCAAAGGAAUCUGAGUGGUCCCCAAAGAUGGAUGUUGUAGAAUCUGGAUUUAAUUACGUGGUAACAUUAGAGAUUCCUGGUAUCAGUAUUGACAAAUUAAAGGUGGAGGUCAACAACCAAAGCUUGAUUGUAACUGGCCAUCGCUCAAACUGGUCUUGCGAAGCAGCAAAUUUGAAUAAGUCAGAUUCACUUUAUCACAGGAGAGAAAUGUUACAAGGACCAUAUCGAGUUGUGUGGCAACUUCCCUCUAAUGCAAACAAGGAGAAUGUUUCAGCAGAAAUUCAGGAUGGGCUUCUACGGGUAACAAUCCCGAAACUUUCAGCACUGAUAUGGCUGAGGAAGGUGCAUGUGUAAGAUAAGGUGUGCAUAUAUUACUACUCUGCAUAUCAUACUACUGGUUCUAAUGCCAUUAUGCUAUGAGAGUUCUUGAGGCCUAUCUAUAUAUAUAAGAAUUGAGGAGUCAUGUACUUUGACAAAUAUAUAUAGAUUAUGAUAUGGGAGAUUAUAAUAAGGUUAUGACAUAUGAUUAUGUUUUGUGACAAAG